AGGCAGCAAUGCUAACCACUGUGCCACCGUGCCGCGUAUGCUAUCAGAAUAUACAGACCUCAUCCUGGAGGUGUCUGUUGUCUAAAGGAAUGACAGCCGGAUCUGUUGCAGUCCCACACAUCAUCCCACUGAGGAUUCCUCUCCUUGGUAAAUUCAAGAAUGAAAUUGAUACUAACACUCCUAUCGAACUCAAAUCAGACACCCCUGACGUGGAUAUAUACUACACAGUAAAUGGCAGCAGACCUCAAUUCUUGAAGAAACCAAGUUAUGGGGAGAAUUCAACCAUAAAAUACAGAGAACCAUUCACAUUGCAAGCAGGCAAAGGAAUCAUUAAAGCUUAUGCUGUUUCUAGAGAUGGUCGAGAGAGUGGUGUGGUGACCAAGGUGUUUUUUGUGGAGUAUAUACAGCCCAAUGCAAUGGAGAUAUUGGAGGAUGAUGAUAAGAAUUUCAUACAAGAUUAUGCAAAGGAGCUUUCCAGACAGGAAACUCAAGAGGGGUUGGGACCCCCCACAGCUACAUUCAAUACAACUCCAAGCAAGGAAAUCAAGCACUCUUGGGAAGAGACAAUAGAAAAAAUUCCUGGUAAGCAAUCUCAAAUUUAUGAUUUCAUCUUGCAGCAGCUCCUUCACAUGCUCAUAUAUAUGAGACAUCAAGACUCAGUUCUCACACGCUACAGUCUAGACACUCAGCCUGCUUCCCCAUAUCAGGAUUUGGUCACUUCUAUCGAUGCCAGCCCUCCCAAGACCUUGAGCAGUAUCCAGAGGGAGACUGACUUUCUGAAGUGUGCUUAUUGCCUUGCCCCUCGUCCAUCAGAUCCUUUUGCACGUUUCUGUCACGAAUGUGGCUCACCAGUUCCUCCAGUGCCGGGCCGUAGGCUUCCACCAGCUGAAGGAGCUCAGAUGGGACUCUGUGUGGAAUGCAAGACAAUGGUCCCAUUGAAUACUCCAACAUGUAUUGUGUGUGAGGCCCUUAUAACCCCUCAGCUAAAGCCUCAGGCCAGCAUCCAUCUUAAGGACAAGACUAUCUGUCGAUCCUGUGGGACAGGCAAUCCAGCUAAUAUCCAGCAUUGCCUUACUUGUGAGACCAGGCUGUCAGAAUCACCAAAAACUCAUUUUAAUGGAGAUUUCCCUCCACCAUUACCAAGUCAUGAAGGAAAGAUGCUGGCAUGUUCCAAGUGUGGCCGGAUUAACAACACUGAUGCACGAUUCUGCGACUGGUGUGGAGCCAAGCCUGGUCCUCCCAUGAGCUACCUCAGCUGCUCAAAGUGUGGAGCAACUAACCAUCCAUAUGCUCGUUUCUGUGGAAGCUGCGGCCUUUACCUGGAACCCCCUGUGCGGAUGGAUUCACACAACAGUACACUUCUUGGUUCUGGCCAAUCCACAGUUCUGGCGGAGACCACAGAUCUGCAUUCUUCUCCAAUCUGGCAACCUUUGACUAUCCCACUACAGAGGCUGGGGUUGGAAUCUAAGAAGGACCAAAGCACCCAAACGGUUGGUCUAUUUUACCCAUCCUGUAAGAUGCUGGAGAAGAAGGAGAUGGAAGUCAUAAUGGAACAAGAAAGACAGCAGAAGAUGACCGAUCGACGUCCCCUUCUAACAGCCAUCAGCCCUGGAAGGGGAUAUUGGAGGUUGCAGUUAGAUCAUAUCUGUGCUCAUCUGCGCAGUUAUACACAAAACAAUACUGAAUUCCGGGCUCUACUUGGAGAACCUCAAAUGGGAAAGAUUGUUUCAGCUGCUGUCCAUGAAGAUGGUUAUGAGCUUAGUCUCCAAGUGAACUUUGUCCUUGCAGGAAAUAAGAGCAUUCUAACUGGAAAGGCAAGGAAGCUUUCUGAGAACAACUUCCUUAGUAGUGUGACUGAAGGCAGAGAUGGUUGCCAUAGUAGUCUGACCAGUUUAGCCAGUGAGUCUCAUUCAGACGAAGCAUGCUCAAGCAAGAAACCCAAAAGUUCAAGGAGGAAAAGACAAGUGACAACAAAAGAAGAGAGAUUGCCACUCAAUGACAGACAAUUACUGAAAGAGGUGGGACCAACUGGCUUGGGGAGAGUCUCCGAGGUACAGGAGCUGCUUGAUGAAGGAGCAGACCCAAACUGCAGCAACAAAGACAACAGACCAGCCCUAACUGUGGCUGUUAUGAAUCAACAUCAUGAGGUCGUCCCAGUGUUGGUGCAGAAAGGGGCAGACAUUAACCAACUGUCAGGGCCCCUUAAUAACACUGCUCUCCAUGAGGCUGCUGAGAUGGGAACUCAAGGAGUGAAAUGUGCAGCCGUUUUACUUGGUUGCAAUGCAAGUAUUAAGAAGAAAAAUGAUAAAGCUUUAACAGCAUAUGACAUAGCUGUCAAAAAUGGCAAUGACCAACUUACUUCACUGUUUGCUGCAAAAAUGGGACAAGGAAUGUUAGAUAAAUUCUCCAAGACCAAGCAUGUCAGCCUGGAUGUCUUUUAAUACUUCCUUGAAGAUUCGGGCACAUCCAGCACCAAAGUUGUUUUUCAGUGCAAACAUUCAAGUACACAUUUAUAGAAGUCACAUUUUGCAACGAGACGUGAAAGCAUCUCCAGAUGCGAAAGCAAGUUCGGGCUCUGAGAAAGUCAAUCGUUCUGCAGCUGUAUGUUUUUAAGAGGCCCUCAAUAUUUUGAAGACUCAACGGAUAAUCUACUAAGGGAAGAAAGACGAGUCUUUGUGUUCUUUGUCAAUAUGAAAUUGACUUUUAGAUUUGGUUUACCUCAAGCAUGUCUUUUAUAAAUUUAAUCAGAAAAAUUUCUACUGUAAAUCCAAGGAUUGCACUACUUUUUGACAGAACUCAAACAUUUUGUAGUAAAGCAUUUCUAAUGUAACAUUAGAUAUGCAGUUGAUCUUAAAUAAGUAUAAAAUAAAAAUCUUUAUCUAA